CAUUCCUUCUCCGUGUCUACUUGUUGGCGGCGGCUUGGCGACGUUUCAACUGAAUCGCUCUCACACACGGAAAACGGUAACCCGUUGGGGGAAAAAAAAAGAAAACGAGGAGGAGUGGAAAGAAAAAAAACACUUUCCCCGUCGUAAAACAGAUCGCAUCUCCAUGCGGGGUUUACUGCGUGGAAUAAGAGGCUCCUUCAUUCGCGACGUCAGCUUUCACCUCAAAAGCUUUCUGUAGUCGGUCGGUCACAUUAAAACCGGUGCCCCAUGAUCGUCGGGGCCGACAUGUCGGACAACGCCGGUUCCCCCAACGAGAACAGCAACAACAACAAUCUCCCUUCGUUCGGUUUCACGCAAGAACAAGUGGCAUGCGUCUGCGAAGUCCUGCAGCAAUCUGGCAACAUUGACCGCUUGGGCAGAUUCCUCUGGUCUCUGCCUGCUUGUGAACAACUGCAGAAAAACGAAAGCGUCCUGAAGGCCAAGGCCCUGGUGGCUUUCCACAGAGGGAACUUCAAAGAACUCUAUCGCAUCUUGGAGAGCCACUCUUUCACGCCGAGUUCCCAUCCCAAACUGCAAGGGCUGUGGAUGAGGGCCCACUACAUCGAAGCCGAGAGGCUGAGGGGCAGGCCUUUGGGGGCCGUUGGGAAGUACAGGAUUAGAAGGAAGUUUCCUCUGCCCAGGACUAUUUGGGACGGCGAGGAGAUGAGUUAUUGCUUCAAGGAAAAAUCGCGGAACAUUCUGCGCGAGUGGUACCACCAUAACCCGUACCCGUCGCCGCGCGAGAAACGGGAUCUGGCGGACGCGACAGGACUCACGACGACUCAAGUCAGUAACUGGUUCAAGAACCGGAGGCAGAGAGACAGAGCAGCGGAAACCAAAGACAGAGACAUCAUUGGUGGCGACCGAUGCAAGUCCAAUGGCUUGGGAAGCGGAGACUCUUCAAAUGAUGAUGCAGAUUCCAACAGUCGAAAGUCCCUAGACGAUUCUCUUUACCAGCUGGACAUAAAAGCGGAAGGCCAUCCCUCCAGGAUGGAGGACCAGCCAACCACCAGUCAUCACCAGCAACAACCAAAUUCCCAGCAACAGUUCCGCUUCGCCAAUGUUCUCGAUUCCUUACCACACCACAUAAAUCAAAGCUCAAUGAGUGAUCUAGAACUGCGAAUGGUUGCGGAUUACCAGAGUUUAUGACCAUGAAGUAUUCUUACUAAAAGAACAAAAAGACUCAUACCACCUUCAUGUAACCUCAUGCCAAAAAAUAUUUUCAUCGAGGAAGCAUGACGAACUUAUUGUUGUUCUCAUUAUUUCACCUUUAUUAGCCAAAGAUUAAUUUUCAGAAGCUGUUCAACCAUCCAGUUUCUGUUAAAUCCAUAAAUAUGGUACGAACUGUGCUUUGACUUCUUUUGGGGAUAUAACAAAGUUCCAAUGUCAUAAUUCAAUAAAUUAGUUUGAGCUCGCCCCAACAUGCGAAAUUAUACCUUGGUUUGUCAUACAAGAAGACCCAUAAAAAGUUGUCAAUGCGCAGGCAUUCCCUAUAUUUGGAUUAACCCCCCGUUUUGUACCUAGCAAUCUAAUUGUUCCUAAGUUUGAAACAAUUGAAUCAACUUGUAAAUACGUUUUGUGAGAGUGUGAUAGGAUUCAUUUACCAAUAUUUAAGAUACUUUUUUAAUUUACAGAAUUCUAGACACGGUCAGUGGUUUAGAACUGGAAUUGACUUUGGAUUUUAGAAUUAUGACUAAGAAUCUAACAUCAAUGACUCAUACCGUCUUCACGUGAUCACAUGCCAAAAAGGAUUGUUCGUGCGAGUAAUAUUUCAAGUGAAUAGAUUCGUUUUUUAUUUUUCCUUCGUAAGUCAAUAAUGAUUCAAGGUAAUUAUUGAACAAUUAAUUUUGCCAUCCAUUUUGCUAUUUGAAAAAAAUAUUUUUUCCCCUAAUUCUUAUGUACUUACUUUCAGCUCAUAGAAUUCGUUAAUGUCGUUCUGAAGUUGAUAGGCGGUACAGAAAUUUAUUGUGUAUAAAAUUUAAAGAACGAUAUCCUAUUUUUUGUAAAAUUAUACGGAAACUGAUUUUAUGCGCUUAAUAAGAAUAAUUAGCUCACCAUUUUAAUAAUAAAUAAGGGACAUUUUUAGCCAUUUAUUUUAAAAAAUCGCUAAAACUUGAUUGCCUAAUUUCUCACCAAGCAUGAAAGUAGCUAUUAAACAGUAUAAAAUAGAGAAGAGGCGUACAUUUCUCUACUUUUAAAUAUUAAAAUCACUAAUUUCUUAAUAAUAUUCUUAAUUAUUAAAUUCACACAUUUAAUUUAAAAAAUCACUAAAAUUCGAUCGCCAAAUUUCUCGCCAGGCAUUAAAGUAGCUAUUAAAAAGACUAAAAUAUAAAUAACAGCAAAUGAUAAUCAAAAUAACUAUGUAUUAAUUACCAAAGUGCGUGCUGAAGACCACAGAACUGAUUUCAUAGAGGGGAAAUCAGUUUGAGAUGUAUUAAAAUGACCUCCCAAAACCAUUAUGUAGCCUAAUAUCACUGUAUUCAGAAAAGAUGUAUUCAGAUUUAAAGCACAAAUAUUCCAAGAUUUAAUGAAUUAUUUCUCAUUACGUCAAAGCUCACGACAGAGAGAUUUGCCCUGAUGAGGUUUGCUAAACUGAUUGCACAUUUUUGUCGUGUAUAUUACGCAUAGGAUAAUGUGUGAUUAUUUCGUUUUAUAUCAACUGAAAAAAAGUUCUCCCAUUGGAGUCCUACUUAUACAGGGCACGCCAUCUGUUUAGCUGUUUAAGUGCCAACUAUUUUGUCUAAAGAUAUAUGUCAAUAUCAAUCUCGAUAUUUUUUGUGAUAUGAAAUUGUUACAGGUUAAAGACCUUUGUUGUUUGUAUCAUAUUGCUUUUAUGUGAUACCUUUUCCUCAUCUGAUUGUAUAGAUAUUACAUAAAAUGUUUGACAAUGUGAAAAGAGAAAUAAAUGUUCAUUUUUCUUC